CUUGCCUACAGCUUCCCUUGUCGUGAAAGCAACUACCUGAAAUUCAGUUGUUCAUCGAGGAAAAGUUUCUUUUAAAUUUCAAAACUCAUAAUACAGAACAUAUAGAAUGGUGCGAACAAGGCGAUCGAAGAGAGCAAGGAGGGUUCCCAUGGAAGAUACGGCCAAUUUCGGCGAAGAUACUGAGUUGCAAGCACUUCUGCUGGAGAUUAUACGUAUUCUGGAUGGAAUUCCUGAAGCAGCUUGAUGUGUAUCCAUGUGAAGAAAAAGUUCGUAGAGGGGUUGAUGUGGUGUUACAUUUGUUAUCAGAGUCCAGAGGCAAACCUUAACUUUAAUUAAAUUU